AACGUUGCUUGAAUUGACUUUACUUCGUCAAGACUAUUUUUUUUUUCGAAUAACUGCUAAGUGUUAUUGACUAUUCCGGAAUGUCUGGAUAGCCAUUUCUAUAUGGCUACACGCUGCCAACACUUUCUUUGCGGAUCUCCUUUUGUUCAAAGUACGUAACGUUCAUCUGAUACGAACAAUAACUGCAGUAAAGGAAAAAUGAAAAGUCCUAUUUUUGUUUAGCGCGCAUAUCAGGGCAUCGUAGGCGUAUGGUGAGAUUCGUACGAGUUAACAGUUACCGAUUCGAGUCACCUCACUAAGAUAUAUAGGAAGUAGUUAGUAUUACGGUUUUUUAGUCACAUAUGUAUUUAGCAUGGAACAUUUUGCAUAGAUCCGUGUCUGAGCUAUGCCCUGUUUAGGCUUAAUGUGUCCUAGCUAAUACAUGCUGUAAGCCAGUGUGGUACUAGGAGCGUUUAACAAGCGUCGUCUACCCUAGCUCUCAAUAAGUCUAUUGGAAGCAUUUUCUGCCGACCUUAAAUAAUUACCAUGUAACUAUAGCAUGUUUUCGGAGUUUGUGGACUAAAAUAAGUUAUCAAGGAUAUGUGAUGCUUAUAGGUAGAUGCUCUACAUCUACCUAUAUAAAAGCGGGCAUAGAUGUGCAUUUGCGAAGCACUGAAUGUAUCGAUUUCCAAUAACUUCGUUCACGUAUAGAUAAACGAACCACUUUGCCUGGAUCCUGGUAUAAUCUUCCUGCUAAGAUUCUGAACGAGAUGUGGGCGUGAAAGGACAAGCAAAGAACAACUGAAACUGCCAUCUAUCGGAGAUUCGUGCCCGCUUCUGAAUCCUGUUCCGCUGCUCAGAGCUUCGCAUGUCCACUACCGUAAUCUGCACAGAUAUAAUAAUAAUAAUGAUUUUAUUAUUGUCAAAAUGCCUGCUAAUUGAACAAAUCGCGUCACCAACUACUUACUGAUGCCACAAAUGCUGCGGCGGCGAUGUCGUCUGGUACUUCGAUCGUCCUCGUUGCUAUUAUCGUUGUAGCUGCUUUGUUUGACGACCUCGGUUAUUGCCUAGGAGAAGUUGGUAGGAAGUGAAGCUCUUUUCGAGCAAUCGCUGCUGCAGCUGUCGUUUCUCCUGUGAUACAAUGUUGGCGCAAUUCGGCAAAUUUUCGUUGGCAUGGUCAGCAACGAGUAGCUGCUGUCGAUUUGCAGACGUAGUGGUGAAGGGGGCGGAUUAUGGCCUGAACUCAGUGUGUACCCAGGCACUGUUAAUUAUUGUAUAAUAAAUACCUCCUUACACUAGCUGGCUGAUAGUAUCCGACGGCCCGAGGCAGCUAGGCUACCCGGAAAAACGGUUGAACGAGACCUUGCCCUUUAGCAUGCACAGACGGCCUUGUUAAAUUUCGUCGAAGGCAAAAGCAAAAGGGUACGAGGGAUCGACUACGUAUACAAAUACUUUUAAAACAGUGAUGAUGACGGGCACCUUGCAAGUAACAUUGCAGUUGUUGCUAGAGUUUAUAGCAAUGAUCGUAUCAAGGAGAUAUUCGGUUGUUGAGGCCAGUAACUACACCAACAGCCGAAUGAUGGCCAACAGCCUGCUUAUAAGAAGCACCAUCAAUAAGUGGUAAUGCGGUUGCCGUGGCAACAAGACUACCGAUUGUACCGUUCGCCUGCUGGAUGUAGGACUCGUAAAGAAGUAGACGCGUUAGAUUACAUGUAAUCUAUGUCUGCUAGUAUGCCUUAUCGGAUCAGUCAUGUGUUUAUGUUUCUGACCUGUUUGUUUAUGGUGUGGCGCGAUUGUUCGUGUCCUUCACGUUCUCAUCUGACUUGCUGAUGAUCUUACGACUUCCUAGCCUUCUACUAUAUUGAGGAUGACCGCGUGUUGACCUGGAGAUCUACUCAAACCUUCGAUCUCUCUAGUUUCGACCGCAGGCGUGUCGACUGCCUAUAGAGCUGUUUGUACCUCAUAGAUGAUAUGAAAGACAGGAGCCUGCUUGGUAGGCCCCGGUUGUGGUCCUGCUUUUAAACAGCUACGUCGUCGAAAUCUUUAAUUCAUCUAAGUCGUCAACGAUCAACGGACACGACGAGUAGCCACAACCCCCCAUGGCCAUCACCAUUAGGACGCCCACCUCUGCCGCCACCGUCAAGUGGAAAGAGAACAUGUCGGAAAGGGCAACGGGAAGGGUGUCAAAAAGGGAGGGAAUUACGUAAACACUGCGGACGUACGCACGCCGAUCCGUUUAGGAGAGUACCAUGCAGAAAGGAAACGGUGCUCGCGGAUCAUUCGUCGGACCGCACCAAGCGAGAGCUUUUGUGUAACCUGUGCACCUCGAGCUCAACCGAACGGCGGCGGGUAGCCGGGACGAUCAGAACGGAUAGCAAAUCAUCAUUGUGUCUUGUUCGUCGACGAUCCGAUCGACGACAACACCAAUUCGAGAGUUGCGCCGGUAUCCCAAGUCAAAGUGGUGUGUGUCCGCUCGGAGUAUGUCGUAGUGCUUGUACGAGCGCGGAAGUCAAAAGCAACAUCCAGCACAACGUUAAUUUAGCGUUUAGAAAAGUAGCACGGCGGUAAUAAUCGGAUCGUGCACCAUUUCUUCUCAUUAGUACUACUACUAGUAAAUAUAGUUGCGCAGGCCUUUGUCCCUUUUACUUGACACAAUGUGAUUGCAUAUGAUGCGUGCGUGCCAUUCCCUACACGUUCCGAUAUUUAUGAUAUAUACAUGUAAUACACUAUUCUAUCUCGUACAAAGCAAGUUUGCUAAAGAGUCACUUGCUACCGCUAGUUCGCGUUUUGUUCGCCUAGAAUCCUGUAUAAAAUUCGUAACCAUAUUAAUAACUCAUAAGUAAUACGAGGCGUGUUAUUUCUAUUUCGGGAGCGUGUGUCAGUCGAUGGGUGUGCUGUUAAGCUCUUUAGAGAAAGGUUGAUGAAUCGAAACUAAAAAAAAAGAUCAAGCGAGUCUCGGCGUCACGUAAGUUGCUGUUUUCGGUGUUUUUCCGUCGUAUAUACAUAUACUUAUAUAGUCGAUGGUUUAGUUAUCAGUUUGCACUAACUCCGCGUGAGGCAAGCGUUGUCCUUCUCGAUAAUACAGAAUCAGAAAUUUCCGUUACUUCGUUGGUUAGCGUGCUUCAAUUAAACAAACUCGAUCAAAGUGCUAAAUACGAACACAAAGCGAUAGAUGGAAAACGAGACGUCGCAACGGUGAAAAAGAAAAGUAAAAUCGAAGGAUUUCUACUAACGUGAAGCAACAACGACGGCAGGAUCCUAGAGCUGGUGUGGGCCCGACCCCCGUAGGAUGAAUGGUGUUUCCAACGGUGUGUGAGGCGGCGGGUAUUCCGGGGGGACUGGAUGCCAAUGUGCGCUCUAUGUGCGAGCGACUCUGGAUUAUCGUUCUGUGCGGGAGCUUCAUGCUGCUGCUAAUUUCACUGUGCCUUUACAAACUUAUUGUGGCUCUAUUCAGUGACGACUGCAAGAUUCAUCCCGCACUUCUCAAGCGUUUUAGGAGCUCUUUGGAGUUAUUCUUCGCAAGGUCUUAAGAUGCUCGACUUACGGAACGAUCACCCGCAUCCCCGUGUAUUAUUAAUCGUGUUUGCUUGUUUCUCUAUAUGUGGUCGCGGCGUGACGGGACCGUUCGGCGAUGGCUCAUCCCGUUUUAAGAGGAAUAAGAGUAGCGCUAUUGCCACUCCUCUCUCACUCAGUCCUCGGGACACAUUGUGGUCUACGUUAGGAGGGCAUAGACACACUUUGUUUCGUGCUAGGUCCAGCCACUUGAUGGAAUGCCUAAGAGCGGUACCGGACGAAAAACUCGAAGGAUAAGGGCAGACAAACGUGUCGCCGCAGUCCUGAUCACGGAUCGGUUUUUGGCCAAUAAGAACCGGGCUUCUUAUUGAUAACUUUCUUUGGCUAAUCGUACCAUAAUAUUAAUGUAUUGAUCUGACACGCAUCUCUUUAGCUCCUUAUUUUCUUUUACAUUCGCUAUAAUAUGAGCAUGCACAGGUAAUAAAGUUGAAUUCCCCUGUAAAGGAAUAUGGUCGCACAAUUUCGAGCUGCGAUUUACUUUUGCCAAUUUUUCAUUUGUCCAUAGCGAUCAUGCGUGUUCUUGGAUAUAUUAAAGCGAGGGUGUUUGUAUAUAUUUCACGCUAAUGUCGCCGCUAAAAUCACCUCAAAGGCAGAAAAAGUAUCGCGGAAGGUGUAAGCUAACCGUUCACUUGCCUUCCGUAAGACCACUUCUUUUAUGGGUUCUAGGCUGAUAACCACACUUAAGGUACAUGUAAGAAGGUUGAUCGGGCCGUAGAAGAGGAAAAGAAAAAAGUAGUGGGGCAAACAGUGCCUACCCCUAAAGAUAGACACAUGUAAUAGAUUGCAGAAAAAUCGGCCAUAGUUCCUUAUAUAUUUGCUAUAUCUUGGGAUAUCAAUUGGGGUCAGUCGCCUAAAUGUUCCCUAGGUUGUUUUACCAGUCGCGGUUAUUCGUGCUAGCCAUCAUUCGACUUGCACAAUGGUAAAGAGGCCUGGUUCGCUUCACAAGACGCCCGAGACAAGUGAAAAAGGGUAAAAGGCCGUAAGGGCACUACUUGUAAGUAACAUAGAAGCUUCAAUGGCAUUUAUCUUCUAUUUGCAGUUUCCGUCGGUUUACACUAAUAGAUAGAUCGAGAUACAAGUCUUCAAUAGUAGCAAAUGAUUGUUUAUUUUGGCUGUACUUCAUCGAUUUCCGGUUAACUUUCUAGUUGAAACAGGAAGAGAAAAUUACUUAUGUGUCAUAUGCGAUACCAGCAAUGCCUCUUUUUUGGAUCAGUCUAAUAGUGGUAUAGAAAUAGCUUUUGCUGUGGGUUGUCAUUAAAGUUUGCAAGUUACGUCAGGAAUUUGAGCAAGAAGCUAUUAAGCGAAUUUCCGUAGACCUUUGGCUGAUUACCAUGAACUAAUUUUCCAUAGAAAUGGCUUUUUGGCAUUGACCUAUAGGUAAACCAAGUACGUAUUUGUAAAAGCGGAUUAUGUAAACAUACUAAGGGAACAAUAUCUUUAGGUCAACUCUAGAGGUGUUUGACUUUGAUUAUUUUCAGAACUAAUGUGUUUCUUCGCGGUUUCCUCUUCAAGCGUUUUUUGCUUUGAGAUGCCUGUCCUAGUUUUACAUGGAUCGCUAAUUUUGCCCUGUUAUCCACAACGAGAGUGGACGCGAGAGUCCUAUAGAUAGGUUGAAAUCAACUGAGUCGAUUUUGUAAAAAUAUAGGCUAAGUUUGACAACUUACCAACCAAUGGGAGCGCAUGGUCAUUUUGGACUUUUCUCUUCUCUUACGCUAUGAUUUUGAACGGUACCGGCAUGUUUGCAUUGCGACUUACAUAUAAAAUAAACAAUCAUCUGCGAGUUGCUCGGACAAAAAGAGAAAAGGACAAUAAAGCAUCACAGAAAAAAGGAGACAGGCAGCUGAAGUGAUGGACGAGUGUUGUCCGCACGAGAGAUGCUAAGUUGAAAACUGUGCGAUAUUGUCUAUGCAGAAGCUGCUUGGGUAACGCAUAAUACUGUUUGCUGAGUCUCGUCAGUGCAUACCUCCCUUCCACUGUCUUUGGCAAAUGCCGGUUCACGGAAGUUGCCCAAAAACCCUCGAACUGCGCGCAAAAUUACCCUCGAAUGCCUCUAGCGAACCUUGUGCUUCCUUCAUCUUAUUCUCACGCCGCGUAGCUCUGCAGUAUAUCGCCGUCUUCCCUUAUAACGCAGCAACUGUUUACAUUUCCCCUUUCUUCUUGCCCUUUCUCGCGUCAUCUCUUCAUUCUCUUUCGUAUGUUGGGAGCUUUUUAGUCUUGCUGGUGCCUCCUAGCUCGAUUUCACUCACCGGCGAAGUGUUCGGCACUUGUCGUGUCCUGGUCAAUUAAACCUAUCAUGCAUCCGCCAUCCUAUUUCUUUGUCGCAGGGAAUAUGUAGUAGUACCCUCGGGUCUGGCAAUGCCUGUAAGUCUAUGAGUCUUCUAGCGCCCCCUGAUGCUGCUGCUGACCAGGCGGCUAGAUAACGCUGAAAUGUGCUGCAUUGUGUACCAUUCUGCUCUUCUGACUGCAAGCAAGUUGUAGUCUCUCACGAGAACGGGCCAAUGAUAUGUGUCACAACUCUUGCGGUCACUGCCGCGUGCGGCUUAUCUUAAACUCGAAAAUUUUACGAGAGCUCGAAUCACCUUGUCAAAUCGCAGACAGGUUGCCGGCAAGGAACAUAUUCGGCCCUACCUAUUCUCUAGGUAUUUAACACAAAUUCAUACGCAGGCACUCUCUACUCUGCGUACAUUUUGCAGAUAUUUUACGAACUGCCAGUAGUUCAUACGUGGAGCAGACUAAUUUCGACACGCAGCGCACGAGAAGCAACAAAUACAGUCAGCUGUAUCGGACGGCGUACAUGGUCAUCUUUGUCGAAUUGCAGGUGAUAGGUAAACCGGAUGAUCUCGUCGGACUCCACCAAUGAUUUGGAGAAAGCAAGCCCCGCUGUUAUUACAUAGAGUUUAUGAAGCUUACUCAUACCCUCAGGCCACCGUCCGCGCUCCGACAACUACAACUCCAGCUGCGAAUAUCAAGGAAAGGAACGAACGAUGCCAUGCUGUCGGAAGAUGUCUCGUGGAUCCGCUACCUGGUCGGCUCCGUGCUCACCGCCAUCAUUUUCACAGCCAUCUCUGGCAACGUUCUGGUGUGCUGGGCGAUCUGUGCGGAUCGGCGUCUCCGCAAAUUGGGAAAUUUAUUCAUUGUUUCAUUGGCAGUUGCAGAUCUGCUCGUGUCCGGAAUCGUGAUGACGUUUGCACUUGCAAAUGACCUUAUGGGUUAUUGGGCUUUCGGACCGCAAUUUUGUGACGCAUGGAUCGCCAUGGAUGUUAUGUGCUCCACUGCGUCGAUACUUAACCUUUGCGCCAUUAGCCUUGAUCGAUUCAUACACAUUAAGGAUCCUUUGCGCUAUUGUAGGUGGAUGAGUAAACGCGUCGUCCUAGCCGUGAUAGCAGCUAUGUGGAUGCUGUCCGCUAUGGUAUCAUUUGUGCCCAUCUCACUUGGAUGGCAUCGCAGCUUCCAGUCGGAGUCCAUUGAUGAAAUGAUCGUUGUCCAUACGGAGGGACGCGUAGAGAUCGGCUCCGCUCCCCCGGAGGCUCUUGUCCUAGAGAGCAACGGCACGUUAAAUUGGACUGAGUUGACGUUCGUCACAACGAGUUCUAUGGUUAGUGGUACAAGUACAGGCAGUGAGGUGGUGACAGACCUACAGCGCGAUCUCCAUCAGCCCAAGUGUGAGAUGGAUUUGACAAAAGAGUACGCCGUCUCAUCGUCAUUGAUUUCAUUCUGCAUACCGUGCAUGGUUAUGAUUGCAUUGUAUUGCCGACUAUACUUCUACGCUCGAAAGCAUGUCAAAAGUAUCCGGGCGCUCAAUAAGCCGCUCAACGGCGGGGCUGUCCAGCACCAGGCGCACGAUCACAAGGCCGCCGUCACAUUGGGCAUUAUUGUCGGCGUGUUCCUAUUCUGCUGGGUGCCCUUCUUUGCAGUGAAUAUUGCCGCACCAUUCUGCAAGACCUGCAUACCUGAAAUCGUCUUUAAGGUACUCACCUGGCUUGGCUACUUCAAUUCUGCCCUUAACCCCAUCAUCUACAGCAUCUUCAACACAGAAUUUCGCGACGCCUUCCGAAAGAUUAUCACCACGCAUUUUCUGGUGUUUUCCUCAUGUUCUCAGCGUGACUCGAUCAGAAGUCGUCACGCACAACACCAACAGCAAAAUAAUAACUCGUGCAACUACGUGCCCGCCAAUUGCAACCUCUUAUUGCCGAUUCACCCUAACCAGAAUAAUCAGGAACCACGGAUCCUCGUCAAGUCACCGAUGGUCGAGUCAUGCCAGGUGUAGGCGAUCUAGGCGGUGAUUUAUCCGGAACCAAUACCGGUGAAUCUAUCUACAUUAUAAAAUACAUACAAACACACACAUAUAUAUACACAUACAUAGUGCAUACAUGACACGUACACAGCAAAUGGAAAAGAGAUGAUGUAAGAUGGCAAAUGACCGUCCGUAAAGUAUGUGCAAAUUGUAUCGCACUGUAUUGUAGACUAUAGUGUCUUCUUUUUGCCAACAGACUGCAAUAGAACUUGGUCCCGCUACAGACAAAUACCUUGGCAUGCUGCUGCCACUGUUGUUGAUACGUCCCAUUUGGCUAAGCAAACCAAGUCUUUCUAGGACCUAUCAGAUCGUGCACUGUUACGAGAUCAUGCACUAAAACCACUAGAAAUAGUCACUUAACUAUUGCGCGUUUACUGAUGUUCGCGGAGCCCGACACCACCCCGAUGCUCUAUUUAUACCACGGAAUUGCAUUUGUUGUUUUAGAUUCAAGGGACAAAUAUACGACCGCUACAAAAGCCGGUUCCAUAAAUAAAUAAUGGUAAACAGUCGUAAUGCAUUAACGAAACUGUCAACCAGCGUCAACUCACUUUUUUUUUAUAAAACAAAAAGAACAUGUUAGAAUUUAUCAUCAGUCAAAAACGCCUUAAACCAAAUUAUCGAUCGUUAGGUGUAUUUGAUACCCUCCACUUGACAAGCUGAUUGAAACAUGUUUGUGAUGGGAAGCAAUUGAUUGUGGCACUCAAACCAGCGGCAAAUGCAUUCAUAACAAUAUAAGUGUGGCAUAACAGAAUUUAGAAACUUCCGACAAUAAGUAAGUACAUCGUAUAUUCUAGAGGGAAAAAAGCUGAACAGUUAGAUCAAUAACAAAUCACACGAAUGAUUCACUUAAGCAGACAGGAAUCGUUCUACCGGUAUAUAUAUAUAUACAUUGUAAUAUAGAUCAAUUGUAGGCUUCGAUAAUAGACGGAAACCAUAAAGACAAUAAAAAAGACGACAAGAAAUAGGGAAGAUAACAUUAGGGCGGCAAUAUAAUCAUAUACAAUAAUAUUUAUAGAAGACAUAUACAAAUAGUUACUGUUUAUAUAUUAUAUUGUUAAUAAUAUGAGCAUUAUUGGUGUACUGUGAACAUAAAUAACAACAAUGUUUGUUAGGAGCACAUGACGAAACGUUUACUUGUCUGUUUGUUACUUGUAUAUUUGAAAUGCUCCAACUCACACGGGCUUACCCAUAGUCAGGUCGCGGUGCCUUCUAUCUUUAUCUGCAUUCCCGUAAAAAUAAUAUUCCUCAUGAGCCUGUUAUUAAUCUACCCACAAGCUUACCACUUUCCAUCGCCCGUCUUAGUCUUUGCUGUCAUCACCGAUUUACCCCCUGGCUCUUCUUCAAUAGCACAGAGCUUGUCUAUCGUCGGAAACACGCCGCCUAAACGAAUUUGCUUUUCGCAACGAUUAUGACGAUGACCACUCGGCCAACAGUUGACCGAUCGUUUCGAGCCCGCGUACGGAUACUCCGGGUCGAUGUGUUUAUAAGAAAAUUGCAAGCGAGAUGCAGUUAAAUGAUGAUGGGUAAAUGCGUAGCAGCCUGUAUAUAGUGUACAAAUUGUGGAUUAUUACUAGCACCAUCCUGAAAAUGUUAAUGAUGAUGUAUAAGAGGAUGACACUAAUCUUACCCAAUAAAUGUCGAGAGAAAUUCGUUUGCUAUUCUGUCGCCUGGGCUUGUUUUAUAACCGCACGUCGAAAUGAAGCGGGCUGCCCCAUAUGACAACAAACUGCAUUCUGUGCAUAAGGCAAAUUUGACGUACGAAUCGAAUGGCCUAGGCCUGCUAUUGGGCGAAUUGAUUUUGCUGUAGCGACGGCAGGCCUUCCAUAGUUAACUGAUACCACAAAAAGAAAUUCUCAUUUGAAAGCAGAGCACCAGCUGUUAAAUUUGCAAAAAAUACGAGAAGAGGAGCGACAAAUCAAGCAUAAAAUGGAGAAGAGCCUCAAGGAGAGAAGACUCCCUCGUAGGUUCAAUCAUGUCCAAACCAAAACUCUCCUUAUCAUAAUACGGUUCAAACUAUGACGAGGCAGAACGACUUUCUUUGCCGUGGCUGGAGCGAAGUACGGUUUCGCAGGUUUGCCAGCUGUCCAAUGGCAAUAGUAAUACGGUAUCUAUGUCAAACGCAAAAGCUAACGUCUCGUCUUCAGAAGCUUAGCCGACCUCAGUCCGUAAGCUCGUACUUAGAAUUUUCAAGCACGUUUUAUGCAAUGCAUGUUUACUUAGAGAAUGAGCGCCUAAAACGAGCGGUGAUGUGUGCAAUAGGCAUUGGUAGAAGGUUAUUAUCUACGGAGUUAUUCGAAGCUUUUUCCAGGUCGCCUUUCGAAUACCUGCAUGGGUGCGUUGUAGGUCAGGCAGACAAAACAGUUAAUCCCGAGAGUAUUCGUAUUUUUUAUUGCCUAAAUAUAGAAAAUAUUGUUUCUAGCCUGUUACUCUACGUUCCUUUAGCUGGCCGACAACAGCAAAUGCAUUAUCAGUCAAUUGUUGAAAGUCCAGAAAUGCUUACUUAUAGACAUUGUGAGUUGAGGAUUGUUAGAUUAGAUCGUAAUAGCGUAUGCCUACCCGUGUAAAAUAAAAAAAAUGUCCACUCGUGUAAGGAGUAAGAAAGUUUUCCAGUCGGCCUAGCAAUGCCUUACUUCUACGUUAGUAAAUUUACUCGCAUUGAUAUGCGCCACUCUAACAGGAAUUUCUGUAUUUCUUCAACGUCGAAGCGUCGUCUUGCUUCCUAGGGUCGAUGAUUAACCUUUACUGUUCCAGUAAGAGUUUAUCGGAACAAUGACGGUCAUCCUAAAAUAAAGCGAUAUUAAAAAAAAACCGAGAGGAAGUCGCUAAAGAAGAUACUAUACAGAUUAUUGUAGAAAACAUAACAUGUACGUACAUCGAUACAAGUAUUUAAAACACUAGACAGCGUCUUUUCUUCUAAAUGGCGCCGACCCGUAGCAAGAUUUAGGGGUGAAUGAACGGGAAAAAAGUUCCUGUUCUGAAGAAUGUUAGCCAAAUGACGAUAGAGGUACAACAAUUCAAACCGAAAGUGAUAAAAUGUCCACGGCGUGCAAAGCAAGCUGAAAAAUUUCUGGCAGCCCCAGUAACUUUGGGCAAACUUCUUUAGCAUCAUGAAUGAACGCAUUUCGCAUCGCACAUUGCAUGUAAAUAUUAGAGAGAGCCCAUAAACGUUUGAAAAUGAGAGAAGAUCGACAAGUAUCCAAAUAAUGGAGCAGAGAAACGCGAAUGGAGAGGUGGUGAUUCUAUGCCUAUAUCUAUGUGUAAAAAUUACAUGAUGAUGGUAACGGUGAUGAUAAAUAGGCAAAGUGUGAAGCAAUUGUAACCUUGCGCAAAAGCGAGCACAGUCAAAUGGAAGAAUAGAGAAAAAGCGGAAGUGUGUGCAAAUGUAUGCGUACGUGCGUGUAUGCAUGUGUGUAGCAUGAACGAAGUACGAAAGGACGACAGCGUCGAAAGACCACAGUAAAAAGAGUUGACAAGAGUAGUUAGCACAUCAUGUACAGGUAUACAGAACUGGAUAUGCUCGCAACAACGAGCACUUGUCGUAGAAGCAACUGCAGAUGCACCGUAAAAUGAAAAAAAAAGAUACAAUACAAUAAUAAAGAACAGAACAUGAAUCGAUUCUAAAAAAAUUAGCGAUAAAGAUAGCAUUCCAUCAUGCAUACAGAGCGUCCCAGGCCAAAUAGAUAGUGUACAUGCACGCUAUCAACAAUAACAACUCAUUCUAUUCUAUUUGUCAUGCAAUCAGAGCGGAACAAAAGACAAAACAAAGAUUCA